UGACAGGACAGCCAAUGGAUUUCUCCGGCUAUAUAAACCCAUUCUCAGGCCUCCGUUUUUCCUCCCCCCGCCUCUCCCUCUUACCUCUUCACACCACCACUGUUCCAUUUCUCUCUCGAUCGCCUCUGUUUUCUCUUUCCCCCUGCUCUGUCCUUGGACAAAACAGAGUGAAAGAAGAAAAAAAGCUCCAACACCCAGGUAGAUUGGAAUGAAUUUCCCCUCUUCCACAUGUGUCUCUGGUUCGAGUUUCCCAUUUUCGAUUCCAACCCAUCAAAGUAUGAAGGAUUUCACCUUCUGGGCUUUCAUUUUUCUUGGGACUUAAUAGUUUAGAACCAUGGAAGAUCAAUGUUCAAAAGUUUCCAACUUUUUUCUCUCCCCUGUUUUUCACCGUACGCCAUUGAAGCAAGCAAGCAGCUCCUUUUUUGCUAAUAAACAAUUGAGUUUCCUGAAAACAAUCACCCAAAACACACAAAAGGCGCCUCCUUUUUCUGCUUUUUGGAAAGACAAAGUUUCAUUUUACAAGUCGGACCUUUCUGAGUUCGCAAAACCCUUACAUGCCAAAUUGGACAGAGAAUCCAGCAUCAGAAAGUCAUUGGUCCAAUUCAUCGUCGAAUGAUUCAGUUCCAUUCAGUCGUGGAUUGUCCACUCACUAGCUACGCCUUAUCCCUUUUUUCCCCCCGCUUUGCAUGGAAUUGGGGUCAUAGAUUGCCCACUCCUUUAUCGACCGUCCCCUGUUUAUUUGGUGCUGUUCUGAGUCGACAAAGUGCCACAAAUAGCCACUUUUCCUUCAGCUGGCCUUAGUAUUUAUAGUCUUGUUCGCUUGCAUACCAUUGAUCCCUCACCAUUUCCUGUAAUCUUUUUCUUCCCCUGUCAAGGUUAAUCGCUCAAGAUGGAGUACGAAAACUGCUACCUUCAAGCUCAGAGGCCCAAAUACGAUUGCCUUCUAUUCGAUGAUACCCUUUAUCCUUACAGCUCUGGCCUUGCAGCAGCAUGUGGGCAGAACAUCAAAGGCAAAUUACAUGGUGGAACACUUGGGCAUUGACAGGAACAAAAUAGUGGAGCUGGGCAAUCUGCUGUACAAAAACUUCGGCACAACCAUGGCUGGUCUCCGGGCCAUUGGCUACGACUUCGAUUAUGAUGAGUACCACAGCUUCGUUCAUGGCAGAUUACCUUACGAGAAUCUGAAGCCCGACCCGGUCCUUAGGAGCCUGCUGCUGAGCCUCCCGUUCCGCAAAGUUAUAUUCACGAAUGCGGACAAAGUUCACGCACUCAAGGCGCUGAGCAGGCUGGGAUUAGAGGAUUGCUUCGAAGGGAUAAUCUGCUUCGAGACACUUAAUCCCACCCACAAAACCGCAGCUUCUGAUGACGAGGACGACGUCGCUUUCGUGGGCCCGGACUCAUCCGCCGCCGCCAACGCAACAACAGCUCCUCCUCCUCCAACCCACCACAAUAAUUCCCCUGCCCCUGUUGAAAUCUUCGACAUUAUUGCCCACUUCGCCAAUAACCCUAACAGCAACAGCAACAACAGUACCUUGCUCCCCAAGUCACCCAUUGUGUGCAAGCCAUCGGAAGCCGCCAUCGAACGCGCCCUCAACAUCGCCAAUCUCAACCCACAGAGAACCUUGUUCUUCGAAGAUAGCGUGAGGAACAUUCAAUCCGGGAAGCGCGUCGGGCUGCACACCGUGCUGGUUGGGACCUCGCAGCGGGUCAAAGGAGCGGAUUACGCACUGGAGAGCAUCCACAACCUGAGGGAGGCGAUUCCUGAGCUCUGGGAAUUAGCAGACAUUGUUACCAUCAAAUCACCUUCAGACAAAGUUGCUGUUGAACAAUCGGUCACAGCUUAAUUUCACCAAGAUCAAACCACCCCCAAAAAACUUGGGGAUCACAGGGAAAAAAAAAAAAGGGGAAAAAAGGUUGAAAUCAUUGAUUGAUGGAUUGGCCCCCAUCCAUCCAUGGAAGCUAUUGUUAUGAUCACACAAAGUUAAUGGUGACCCAAUUUCCUCCUCCACAUAUAUCAUCAUCAUGUAGCUGUAGUGAUGCUCCCUUUCUCCUCUGUCUCUAUCCGAUCAUAUAUAUUAGUAUAUAAUAAGAAACCCAUGAAAAAUAUAUGAGAGAAAAUAAAAAGAAGAAUUUCCCCCCCACCUCCAUCAUCGUUGCUUGUUGAAAUCAGUGGAGUCAUUAUCAACCACAUCGUCACUCACUCACUCACUUACUCUGCCAAUCAUUGAUUGAAAAAAGAAGUAGUAACACGCAAGAGUUCCAAACUCUCUGAAUCGGUAACCCUUAUUUUCUGUUCGGUUUCUAACAUUAAUCCAUCGGUCCUUGAGAUUGCGAGUUAAUGACGACACAUGUAGUGAAAUCUGGUACGGGAAACCGAAUCUGGUGGUGUGCCUUAAAGAUAAUACAGCAAGAACUGGAUCAACAUAUGACAUGGGCGGAUGGGGGUUUUCGUUUUAGCCUUGAUUAAUAAAUAAAUAAACUACUGC